AUGGCUCAGACUCAGAUCUCUCGGAGUUCGGAGAGCGACGCCUGGGCGCUUCUCUCGCUAAAGGCGCCGCCUUCGCCCUCAAAGGUACAGUGGGCUCAGGAGCCGGCUCCCAUAGCAAUCGCCCGUCUAGAUGGCCGCGACUUUGAGUAUCUCAUCCGGCAGAAGAAAGUGAUUAUCGGUAGAAAUUCUAGUCGAGGACAGGUCGAUGUGAAUAUGGGUCACUCCAGUUUCAUAUCCCGGCGUCAUUUGGAACUAUUCUAUGAUCACCCGGAGUUCUACCUGACGUGUAACAGUAAGAACGGCGUGUUGGUGGACGGGGUGUUCCAGCGGAAGGGAGCCGCUGCGAUGUUGCUACCAAAAAGGUCAGUACUCUAUAGAUAA